AUGGCUGCGCGUGAGCUUGAUGAGCUUCGCAAGCAGCUGGAGGUCCUUCAGAGGUCGCACGACAACUUACUAAAAAGCUUGUCCGUUUCAAACGAAAACCUCGGAGCCUCCGAUGUGGGACAACUCCACCGCUCAGCAACUCGUCUAGGGGACAAUGCAGUUUUCGCAGACAGUUCCACCUUGUCCGAUGACAGCAGCGAUGACGAGGAAGACUUCUUCGUGCGGGCAGAGUUGCCUUCGCAAACAUUCGAUCAUGAGCAUCUGCGCGAGCAUCUGAAAACACAUAAUUGGACUGAACAUGGUCGAGAGAUCCUGGCGUCCAUUGUAUCAGACCCUGCAAGGCUUUCAAAGCAACCCCAUCUAUUCCACCUGGGACCUGGUCCAGCUGAUGAUCGAAGCCACUACUCGCAUUUUCAAGUCUACAAUGUGGGAGUGAACGGGCUACCUGAGUUAGUCGAGACCAGCGACUCUGAAAAUGGCAUGUCCAAGGCUACCGAGAUCUGGCACGCGAUUCGGGAUAUUGGCAAGAGCAAAGAUCAGACAGUCGUGGGACGCAUCACUGUCGCACGAGAGCCAUCGCCCAUUCUUUUUGGGGCUCUUCAUCUUACACUACAUAAUGCAUUCGACAUGGACGAAUUAUUCCAACACCUUGUACAGACAGAAGCAUCAUCUGCACACAUGUUUCGAACUUUCAACGAGGAUCCAAGGCAUCAGAGGAGCUUCUUCUUCAACUUCGAAUAUUACACAAUCAUUGGGGAGGAAUGCAAGCCAAUGCAAUGGCAGCGUGCUGACAAAGUAACAAAGCCUUCAGACGAACACAUACCGCUAAGUCGGUGUGGUGCAGUCGUUGCCUUGGCUCUGUUUGAUGACAAUCCUCGCCGGCUCCGGAACAGGGGACGCCGUGCUAAGACCAAAUAUGGAUGGACUCAUGAUGUUUGGUCUCCCUGGCAAGUGCUACAGCUAGAAUGUUUCCCGGAUUGGAAGUCUACCCCGGUCAACGGUACACCAUAUACCUUUGAGACAGGACAUCGAUAUCUGAAUGGUGCUGAAGCGUUUUUACAUGCUCUGCUCACAGAGUACCGCGAUGCGAGGAAACGAUAUGAUGAGAUAUACAAGCGAAUAACUGAGCUUGUUACUCCCCCAUUGGGAUUCCUGUUCGAUGAGGAGCUGCGAAACAAAAGACUAUUCGAGGACAAGGAUUUCACUUUUACAAGACGAUAUUUCUAUGCCCACCAAGCGCUAGGCUACGUCAACGAUAGCAUCAAAUCCAUGAUUGACGCAUUUGAAGACACCUUUACGGAAGAUGUUUGGGAGGGUCAAAGCAAGACGCUCUGGCCGUUGUUCGAAGAAUCGCCGCGUAACGACCAUUGGAAGCGCCGACUAAGAUCUUUACGGCUACAAUUCGAGCGUGAGAUGAAGGAAUUACGGAUCAUUCAACGAGAGAACAACGAGCGCCGCCACGAAAUUGAUACCCUACAAGAACAGCUCUUCUCAGGAACUAGCAUCCAAGAGUCGCGCAAAUCUGUCGAAUUGGCCGAUGUCACUGUGCACCAAGGUUACAACAUCAAAGUCCUUACAAUUGUAAACUUAUUCUUCAUGGUAUAUUCGUCCCGCUCUUUUGUCGCAUUCCUCAUGACAAAGCUAAGUAAUCAUAGCCUCUCACGUUCGUGA